UUGAUGGGGAGGUGAAGUAAAGAGAAGGAUACCUUCUCAUCCAAAUCUCUCUUUCACUCUCUCCUCUCCAUCUUUCUCUUUCUCUCUCUCUUAAUUUGUGUGGCUUCUGUAGAAUCCUCUAGGUGUUAGCAGCUACCAGCAGAAAACCCUGAAAUUUAAGAACACAAGAAAUCAAGAAAUAGAGAGAGAAUGUUACAGGGUAUGUUGGUUGAUGACAGUAUGUCAAAUUUAACAUCUGCAUCAAAUGAAGCUAGCAUAUCUUCAAGCAACAGAACUGAAAUUGCCACUGCUGCCUACCCUCAACAGUCCUUUGCAAUUUCAUCUGAUAAUCCGACACAACCUCCUGCUAGGAAGAAAAGAAAUCUUCCCGGCAAUCCAGACCCGGAGGCAGAGGUGGUAGCUUUAUCUCCAAGAAGUCUUCUGGCAACAAAUAGAUUUAUAUGUGAGAUCUGCAACAAGGGAUUUCAGAGAGAUCAGAAUCUUCAAUUACACAGAAGAGGGCAUAAUUUACCAUGGAAACUAAAGCAAAGAAACAACAAAGAGGUAGUAAAGAAGAAGGUUUAUGUAUGUCCAGAACCAAGCUGUGUGCACCAUGAUCCUUCAAGGGCACUGGGGGACCUCACUGGGAUAAAGAAACACUUCAGCAGAAAACAUGGUGAGAAGAAAUGGAAGUGUGAAAAAUGCUCGAAACGUUACGCUGUUCAGUCCGAUUGGAAAGCUCAUUCGAAAAUUUGUGGUACCAGAGAGUAUAGAUGUGAUUGUGGAACACUCUUUUCGAGGAGGGACAGUUUCAUCACCCACAGAGCUUUUUGUGAUGCUUUGGCAGAAGAAAGUGCAAGAUCAAUGACACAACUGAACCCACUUUUGUCUUCCCAACAAGGCACUUCAUCUACACCCCUCCCACCCCACCUACAUGGCCUUCAACAAUUUUCACUCAAACAAGAACAACAAAUUUUCAGUUCAAGAACAGAAAUACCUCCAUGGAUGACAGUGGAAUCUGGUCUAGGUGCACCAGGUCCAUCACCUAGUGAAUUAUUUACUUCCUCAUCAUCAAGGUUAGAACAGUCAAUUCUCCAUCAAGAAAACACAAACCCUAAAAAUCCCUCAUUUUCUUCUGGUUUCAAUCCUUCUCAUCACAUGUCUGCAACUGCAUUGCUGCAAAAGGCAGCACAAAUUGGGGUUACAAUGAGCAGCAGCAACAGCAAGACAUAUACUGCUCAAUCAGAUGGAAUUUUUAGGGCCCACCUGGCUCACAUGGGUGCACCAGGAUACAGUGCUACAUCAUUGGCCUCAUCUACAGCUGGUGCUGGACUGGGUUUGUCCUCUUCUCGUGAAGAGAUAGGAACAGGUUUUGUCAAUGUCACCUCAGGUUGCAUGGAACAACUUGUAGGUGCAACUGUGGGAGCCAAUUCUUCUAUGCUUCAUAAUAUGAGUAUAUUGACUUCUUUGCCUCCAAAUAGUGGGUUCGAAGGAUCAUCAGCCUUUGAGGAAACUUUCAACAGAAUGUUGAACUCAAAACGAGGGACUUCACAUUUGAAUAUUGCAAGCAAAGAAGCCACCGCUGCUGGCGGAAGUGGAGGUGGAGGUGCGGGUAAUGAUGGAUUGACGAGAGAUUUCUUAGGUCUUAGAGCAUUCCCUCAUAGAGAUUUUCUCAACAUGGCUGGUUUUGAUCCGAUGGGUUCUUCCUCAUACGAUCAACAGACUCAUCAAAAUCAACCACCCUGGCAAAGUUAGCAAUCCAAAUGAGAAAAAUUAGUUUGUCACUCUUUUCAACCUGUACAAGGAGCAACGGUUACGAUAGAAAGUCCCUCUAGGCGGACAAGGAGGCUUCAAUCUAUCUACUGGGGGGAGCUAAGCACCAUCCUAAUUGCUGUAUUAGUACUAAGAAUUGAAUUCUGCCUCCAUUUAAAACUAUUUAGCGUUCGAUUUCAUGAUUAUAAUGUACUCUUCGUCCUGACUCUCCUAGUAUGUAAUAAUUAGAAGAGAACAUUAAUUGCACGAUUAUUGAUAAGUGUAUUUUAUGUGCUUA